CGCGCGGCCCGAGAUUUUUACCGCAAUGCAUCAGUCCGCGCGUUGAUGCGAGCGUCACCGGGAGCUACAGAACUCACCGAGCGACAUGACAUGACGCAUGAACGACCCAUCACAUCACCGAUCAUAUUCACUCUAAUGCACGAGGAGUAUAUCUGAUCUGAUGCUAUUUAUAAAGGCAAGUUCAUAAACUGCUCUGUCUGCAUGAGAGUCAAUGUGCAUUAAUGUAUAGAGAGAUAUAUAUGAAUGUGCAUUAGGAUCAUGUAAACACUGCUCUCAGGGCUGAAGAUAUUAGAUUGUGUUGUGAUUAAGCAGUUGAUUGUCGUCCGUGGAUUGUUGUAUUAUAAAGCAAUAUAUGAUAGGAAAGCAUUAAACCUCUGUAUGGUGCAAAAACGUCAUUGAGCCAAAGAAUCAGGGGCUGUUCAAGCACACUUCACUGGCCCUUUUGCACAUCUUUAUACUGCAAAAACUUCUAGUUAGAUGCUGCUAGUUUAGUCCUCUGCCUUAAUUACUGGAGCACAUUUAAGGCUCUUCCAAACCCAUGUGAACUCGUCUUAUGGGCCUAAUAUGAAGAUACAUCACUAAAGUCUCACCCAUCAGAACCACUGAGACAGACAGACUGAUGAUGAUGAUGAUGAUGAUGGACAUGUGUGUGAGACAGUUUCUGCUCCUGUGUGUGUUCUGCGCGCUCUCAGUGUCUCUGUGCAGCGGUGCAUGUGCAGAACCGGACUCGGACACUGAGGCAGUGGCAGGUCAAGGCUUCAAACUGGGCUGCAUUUCCUGCAAGAUGCGAGGAGAGGUGGAGGCCACUGCGACCGUCGACUGGCAGUUCAAAGCGCGAGGAGAACCGGACUUUGUGCAUAUUUACAGUUAUGAUGGCGAAAUCUCGACUAUCAUAAACGAGCGUUUUCUGGACCGAAUGGAGUGGGACGGCAGUAAGAAGACACAUGACCUGCAGGAUGCUUCUAUUUUUAUCAAUAAUGUCACCUUCAACGACUCCGGCGUUUAUCGCUGCAUCUUCAACCGAGUUCUGUUCUACGAGCACUACGAGUUCUCCACCGUCGCCAGUAAAGAGGUGCACCUUACUGUGGUGGGCAAAGCCACUCGAGGUACAGCGUCGAUCGUGUCAGAGGUCAUGAUGUAUGUGUCCAUCAUCGGCCUGCAGCUCUGGCUGUUAGUGGAGAUGAUCUACUGCUACAGGAAGAUCGCAGCGGCAGGAGAGGAAGCGCUGAGAGCCAGCGCUGCGGAGUAUUUAGCGAUCGCAUCAGAGAGUAAAGACAACUGCGCUGGUGUACAGGUAGCAGAAUAACACAGAUUUUCUUAUUCCUGAACCUUUCCUCUGGACUGCUAUCAUUCCUCCUGUGACCUUCACAAAGUCCCUCAACCUUUUCUUACCUCUUUACCGGACUCUAUUUCGCAUGACUUUAAUACUAUGCAUGGUUAAAGGCCCGCACGAUCAGACCGGCAUUUACGGCAAACAGUCUACCACAUACAUUUGAAGCCCAAUGCACAAUGUCCUCUAUUUACUUUGUAAAUUGCAAUACUUUGAUUUUGCACUAGAGAUCAGUAAAGAGCAAGAAAUUCUUUAUUGAUCUUGACGUAUUGAGGCCAUAUAUGUAAUAUAGUGUAAUAUCAGACACCAUGCAAUCCUAUAGUUGCAUGAGCCAACAGUAAAUGAAAAUGCAAUUUAAUUUUGGAUGCCUCAGGCACUGUAAACGGACUAAACGAGCUUGAUAGAGUUUAUAAUCUUUAGUGUUUAUAUUUUAUUUUGAAAUCCAUAUAGUGCUUAAGGGUUAUUAUGAGUUAUGUGAGCACAUACUGUAUAUAAGAACACAACUGUAGUUGUGAAUGUAGCACUAUACUGUAGGCAUGUUCACAUGCUGCUCUUCCUGAACCGAAUGUUUGAUUUGUUAGCGAUUACCUCCAUUGUGGGAAAGUGCAUUAAGACAUAUGAUAGCUCAUAUCUCGCUCCGUGAUGUUUAAUGCAUGCCCACACUGCAGCUGAUUAAUGUAAGGAUCCUAUAUCAAACAUACUCGCCUACAAUAGGCCAUUUCUGCACACGAGCGUGCACCGACUGUCACGUGAUGAUAUAAUGUGAUAUUCUGUGUUAAAUGCAGCACUGAAUGCGGGUGGGUGGACGUGUAGAGAGAGAGAGAGAGAGAGAGAGAGAAUGUGCAAAGUAAAAUCAGUUCAAAUGAAUUUUGUGGAGAGUUUUAUUUUUAAUCUAAAGGAAGGGUUUUCAUGGAGGAGAACCAUAUAGGGUGAUUUUACAUAAAUUAGGCCAUUUUUUUCACAUCGAGAUGACUGUAAAAAAAAAAAUGGCCUAAUUUACAUUAUAUUACAAUAUAGACAUUUUCAUUAAAUUGAAUAAAAAUACAUAAUCGUUGACACUUUGCCUUGUAUCUGUUAAUGCAGUACCUAGUUUCUAAAUAUCCCAUUUUAGUAACUGUCUUUAAAGUAAUGUUCCACAAUGCAAGUUAUUAUUUUGAGUAUUUAAAAGAAACAAAUGUGUGUUCCUGUGAGACACUUACAAUGGAAGUCAAUGGGGUCAAUCUGUAAACGUUCAAAAUGUCACACUGUUUCAAAAGUAUAGACACAAGACAUAAACAGUAUGUGUGUUAACAUGAUUUUACUGUCAUAAAAUCACAUACUAACCGCAUCUGUGGAAAGUUAUAGACAAUUUUACAACUUCGUUGCCAUGGCGACAUCACCUUGUAAUCCUGGUAUUGGAUAUAAUGUUACACAGAAAGGGUGAGUAAGUAAUUUUGUCACACUAAAAUCAUGUUAACAUGUUAAGUGUUCAUUAUAUAUAGCAACAAAGAUUAAGAACUUUUUAAGCAUGAACUUCAAAAUAUUACCCCUCCUAUGGGUACUGAAAAAUGGCAAAAAUGGUCAUUUUUGACCGGAAGUGUCAGAUGUGUAACCACUUUUUUGUAUUUUAUUUUUUGAUGAUGAUGAUGAUGAUAAUGAUACCAUUUCCUGAAGUAAGAACAAUAAAAGUAUGCAUUUCUUUGGGGAUUUUAUGCUAUUUUAUUCUUAUUUAUAUGUAAAUGUACAUGUAUUUACACUCCGUGGCACCUGCUAUAGCUUAUAAGUAAAUGAUAUUAUUAUUUUAAUAUGAUUGUGUGUUAUCUUUACAAUGUGUCAUCAUGUAUCAAUCCUAAAGUAGAAAAACGUCAUAUUUAUUCGCUGUUUUAAAUUUUACAGGUAAAUAAAAUAAGUAUAUUUUAUUUAACUUUUCAAAGCAUGAAAACAAUUAAUGAGCCUAAUUAAAGUUGAUUUACACUCUUUUUAUUGUUGAUUCUGUUGGGACGUUUGGUUUCUUCUUGUUUGGUGAAGUCUGAAGUUAAUUUUCAAUGCAGAAUUACCCGUUCAUGAUUAAAAAAUUAAAUAAUAAUCUGUUAAUUGUAACCAUCAUUGUUUGUGUGUGGCAUUGUUUUUUGAUUUUCUCACCUGUAAUGCAAGUUGCUAUUUGUGUAAGGCUUCAUACUGUAUGUCAUGUGAGAUAUAAACAUGUACAAAAUGUGAAGUGUUUGCAUAUAAUGCUCAUUUAAGUUUUUAAGUACCAUUACAUCAGAUUUGUAAGUAAAAGUUAAUGUAUUAACUGAAAUGUUUAAGUAUAUAAUCCUCACUUUAUUUAUACAGGUAAUUAUGUCAUGAAGUUAUGUAGAUUUUACUGAAAAACUGUGUACAAAACCUUGCUGAAUUAAACUGAGUAUAGAUUAUAGUCA